AUGAUAUUUAUUAACAAAUUAAAAGAAAUAUCAUUAAACAAUGUAGCAAUUAAGCGGUUCUAUACAUACAAUUAUGCGGAUUUAAUCAACAAAAUACCGUUAUUUAGACAAUUAUAUCGCGAGAGUUUAUCUAUUUAUAGAUUUUAUGACAAAAAAUAUUUUACAACUAAUGAUUCAGACAAUAAGGAAUGUGGUUUAAACGAUUUAGUUAGCAUAAAUGAUGGUUCCAAUGACUCUAACUCUAAAUCAUUAAUAAUUAAUAGGGAUUCGACAAGUUCCUUGACAUAUUCACUUAUUCAAGAUGCUUUUGAUGCAGUUGCAAAUGAUUAUAGCAAAAAUUUAUCAAAUAAGGAGUUUAAUGGUGAUUAUAAUGAGUUUGGCUUGGGAUGCAAGACUGAAUUUGAUGGCAUGACACCAGCACAAAAAUUUUAUGCAAAAAACAAGGAUAAAUUGCUUAGUAAUGCAAAAAAAAUAUUUUUGGAAAAUUUUGGUAAAAUUGACACUAUAUGCAACCUUGAAGAACCGGUAAUUAGACCCCCAAAAAAUCAUGUUUGGGAAUAUGGAUCCGUAACCACUAGUGAGCACAGGGAGCACAUAGUGUUACAAAAGGGACAAAUACCCACAAUAAAUGAUAUAAUUAAAAUUUUGGAACAGGAACAUUUUGUAGACUCUGUUGCGAUAAAUUUAGACGAAUGCAAUCGCCGCGAUAUAGGCCUUUAUGCUAUAAUAUCCACGGGGAAAACAUUUUCCCACUGUAGGCGGGUUGGCAGACUUUUAUAUCGUAUUUUUGUUGAUCUUGAAAUACCCUUUGUUUCGCAGGUUUCCUAUGCCAGAAGCUCCCGAAAGGAUCAAUGGAUUAUUGCACAUCUAGGACCUCUCCAUGUAUAUCUUAUGACACAGGAAUUGAGAGAAUUUUACAAACUUGAAGAGCUUUGGUCCCCAAACACUAAUAUAACCAUUGAUAUGAUCGAAUCCGACAACGAGGCAUUGGAUUCCGGUGUUAGUAAUAAUAUUGAAUUACGGGAAUCCGAUUGCGAUAUGGGCAAUGUAAAUGUAAAUGAGUGUAAACUUGUAACCGAAAGUGACAUUGUGUAUGAGAAAUUCAAAAAGGAUGACGAUUACGGUUGA